AUGAGGAGCCGGCGGCUCCCCAGUCUCCUCCUCCUCUGCCGCUGCCACUGCUCCACCGAGUCCGGCGGGAUUCCGGCCGACCCGGCCCGCGCGGCGUCGAUCUUGGCCGACGGCGGGGACGCGGACUGGUUCCGCCGGCUCAACGCCGAGUUCGCCGCCGCGCUGCCGCGGCUCGGCCCGCGGUUCGUCGUCCGCGCGCUGCGUGCCGCGGAGGCGGAGGCCCGAGAGGGCGGGCCGCUCCUCUGCGUGCGGCUCUACGUGUGGGCGUCGCGGUUCGGCGCCCGCUUCGCGCGUGACGGCUCCGUGCGGCGGGCGCUCCGGGACGCGCUGUGGCGGCGCGGGCCCGUGGUGCUGUCGGGGAGGCUGGUGGCGGAGGUGCGGGGUUGCGGGUGCGAGGUGUUGGAGGAGCUGCUGUGCGCGCUGAUCGAGAGCUGGGGCAGGCUCGGGCUCGCCCGGUACGCGCACGAGGUGUUCGUGCAAAUGCCGCGGCUGGGGCUGAGGCCCAGCACGGCCGUGUACAACGCGCUGAUCGCGGCGUCGGUCAGGGCCGGCGCCGUCGACGCCGCGUACCUCAAGUUCCAGCAGAUGCCUGCCGACGGGUGCCGACCGGACUGUUUCACGUACAACUCGCUCGUCCAUGGCGUCUGCCGGCGUGGCAUCGUCGACGAGGCGCUCCGGCUGGUGAGGCAGAUGGAGGGCGAGGGGAUCAGACCGAAUGUGUUCACGUACACAAUACUGGUCGAUGGGUUCUGCAAUGCUGGCAGGGUGGAGGAGGCAAUCCGUGUGCUGGACAGGAUGAAGGAGAAGGGCGUAGCGCCUAGCGAGGCCACAUACAGGACAAUUGUUCAUGGCGUGUUCCGUUGCUUGGAGAGGGACAUGGCAUACAUAAUGUUGAGUGAGUGGUUAAGCCAUGAGCCAACGGUUCACCAGAGUGCAUGUCAAACUGUACUGUAUUGCCUGUCGAAGAAGGGAAUGGCCAAAGAAGCAGUUGAAUUUGCAAAAACAAUCAGCACUAGGGGUUAUCUACUUGACAGCACAGCUUUUGGCACUGUGAUUUCUUGUGCCCUGAAAUGCCUGGAGAUGAGUGAUUUAUGUGAGUUGCUAGACUCUUUUAUUAAGAAUGGUGGAAAUCCAGGGUUUGAUGUAUAUAUUAUGGUAAUCAAAUCCUUACUGAACUGCAAGAAUUUUCCCAAGGCAAAUCACUAUUUGUGGCACAUGGUUUCGAAGGGAGUCUUGUCUAGUGUGAUGUCUUACAAUAUGGUGAUAGAUUGCUUCAUAAAGGCUGGUGCAUUGGAUAAAGCAGAGGAGAUUGUCAAAGGGAUGCAAGAAAAAGGCUUCCUGCCUAACCUUGUCACCUUUAACACACUAAUAAGUGGGUAUUCAAAAUCAGGGAAUAUACAUAAUGCAAAGGUUGUUCUGAAGAUGCUUAUGGAACAUGGUUUCAUGCCAGAUAUCAUUACGUUUACCUCUCUUAUCGAUGGACUAUGCCAUACCCAUCAACUGGAUGAUGCUAUUGUUUGCUUUCAUGAGAUGGCAGAGUGGGGUGUUAGACCAAAUGUUCAGACUUACAAUGUAUUAAUGCACGCGCUUUGUUCAGCCGGGCAUGUUAACAGGGCCAUUGAUCUUCUUAAUAAAAUGAAAACGGAUGGCAUUAGUCCUGAUGCAUAUUCCUUCAAUGCUCUCAUCUUGAGUUUUUGCAGGAUGAGGAUGGUAGAUAAAGCUCAAAAUAUUUUUAAUUCCAUGGUGAGAUUUGGUGUGGUUCCAGACAAUUGCACAUACAAUUCCCUGAUAAAAGCUCUAUGUGGUCAAAGAAGAGUCAGUGAGGCCAAAAAAAUUUUACUUGCCAGGGAGCACAAUGGCUGCAGCACGAGCAAUAAUCAAUCAUAUUGGUCAAUUGUCUGUGCACUUACAAAAAUGGGUCAUUUCAGUGAGGCGGGAGAGUUGAUGAAUAAAUGCCUCAGCAGAAAUGUUGAAUUGAGUUGCGGUUCUAAUCAGAGCAUAGAAUCUGCAGUUGCUGUCCAAGUUGUCAAUGCGUGAAAUUGUGAUCUGUUGAUUGUAUGCUAAUUUGUACAUGAAUGAUGCCCUAUCCUCAUGAACAGUGCAAAACAACUUCCUCUUUGCUAAGAUUCCAGAUGAAGCAUUUGUACCUUGCUGACACCUUCGAGAUAUUAAUCUCAGUGGCAUGGUUUGAAUUUAAAAAUGAGAUGGAUCUUUUAAGCUUUUCCCUCUGCAAACAAUUGCAGAACAAACUGGUGUGUUCCUUUUAACACUUUCACAUGUUAUAGUAACUUUAUACGAAUCAUAGACUUCAUAAAAAGGUCACUAUUAUGUUGUUGUGAAUACUGGCAAAGAUAAGCCAUAAGUUAAGAAAAAGUUAAUUGAUUUUGUAGUUUUUCUUGUAUUUGAUUAGUUGCAA